UAAAAGCCAUGAACCAUGAGAGAAUGACAUGGGCUGAAGUUGGACACUCAACUGACUGAGCUUCCCAGGCUCUCCUCUAUUCUAUGGGUUUUAACAAAUGUAUAGUAACAUCUAUCCACCAUUAGAGUACUGUACAGAAUAGAUUCACUGCCCUAAAAGCCCUGUGCUCUACCUUUUCAUCCCUCCUACCCUCUUCCUGGGACACUGGCUCUAAGAGUGCUUUUAAUUAAUCUUUUUCACAUCUCCUAACUGUUCAACAGCAAAGACUUGGAGAGAUAGUAGUGGCUGGAAAUAAGCUAAUUGCUGGGAAUGCGCAGAAAAAUAGCAAAGUGUUGUACGAUCGCUGGGCAAUUUUACUGGAACUUUGUCCCUCUAGUUUUCAGGAGUCCCCAUGCAGAUUGGGAACUUGAUAAGAGUGGGCAUCAUCUCAUCUUUCUGCUCCACCAAGUUCAAAGACACACAUGGGAUACAUCAGCUGGGUGAAUGAAUGAGAAAUGUGCUUUUCAUACUUCAGGGUGUGUACCGACUUGAGGUGUGGUUAUUGAUUCAAGAACUAGUUGAAGAGAGACAUCCAGAGGAGGAUCUGAAAAAGAUGAUAGAAUGGAGAGAUUAAGGAAAGUGGAGGGGUGGGGGCGGUAGACUGGAAGGAGACAAAAAGUACAGGAUAGAAUAUUAGCUCACACACACCUCAAAUUUGCUACACAUAAGCCUUCCUUGCAGAAAGGGAGACAUGUCUCCAAAGAGACAGAGGCAGAGAGGAGGGCAUGCUGGAGCUUUAGAGGCACAGAGGUGAAGCAUGGAUGGGGCAGGACAAAGCAGGUGCAUUUGUGUGGAGAGUGAAAGAGAUUCGUUCAAGAUUCAUUAGCCAGCAUGUGUGAACACCUCCUAUUUGCAGGACAUUAUGCUAAGUGCCAGGGAUAUGCAGAAGAAUGAUCUGGGCAUUGCCCCUGUCCUCAAGAAGCUCAUAGUCCAGUGGAGGAGAUACAGAAUUAAACAUAAUAAUACAGUGAGCAAUGCCACACUGGAGUACAGAGAGGCAGAAAGAGGCACUGAGAUUGAGAUUUGAUUGGGGAAGGAGGCAGCAUGAUGAAUGACAGAGGGGUGAGGGAGCAGCAGGAGGCAAAGCAUUUUAGAGAUCUGGAGACUCAGCUGCUAUUCUGAUUCAACACCUGACUUGACUGUGUGAUCUGAGAACUAAUGUCACUGCUGGGUUCUGUUCAGGAAUCUCUUGUAGAUAGAUAGCAUGCACUUGAUGCCUACAGCUGUUCCUGAAUAAGUUGGUUAUCAUUAUAAGAACAGUUUAAUUCAGAGCCUAAGACAAGAGUCAAUGUAUGGGGCUGCAGAAGGGGGAGCUGCAGCUCUGAGCCCUUCCCUCCCCACAACCUGGAAGGCUCUGGCCCUGCCUUCUCUCCCUUCAAGCUCUCAUGUCUCUCACGCUGAGGCCAUGGGCUUGGGUGACUGAGUCCAGCUUAAUUCAAUUCACUUUUGUUUGGGUCUGCUUGGUUGUGAUAUAGAGGCCCAAAGAUGGAUCCAUCCCCUAACAGACAAUGACACAAAUGAAUGGGGUCAGCCCUCUGUCUAGCCCAGCAACACUAGUGUCCUUCCUGUGAGGUCCCACAACACUUUGUAUAUCCCCCAGCUUUACUCCUUAUCCCACUGUGUGGCAAUUAUCUAUUUAUGUACCCAAAUUUCCCUCUGGACUGUGAGCUCUCAGAUGGCAGGGAAUUUGUCAUGUCCAUCUCUUUGUCCUCAAUGCCUAACACAGAGGGAGUCCUCUGUAAAUGUUUGUUGAGUGAAAAUGAAUGUUAGGAGAUAAUUAAAAUACAAGAUAGAAAAUAAAAAGCAUUCUGAUAGAUGUGUAAGGAACAUUCAUGGGUCAGAGGAAGGGGAGAUUAACUCCAAAUGAGGCAUCCAGAAAGGCCUUACAGAAGAGGGGGCAGUUUAUCUGAGUCUUGAUGGGCAGUGGUGUAUAGGAAUUUACCAGAUACAGAAAACCAAUUUGUGAUGGGGGGAGGGUAUUAGUGGCAGUUGGUGAAAGAACAUUCCAGGCUGAGAAAUCAAUGUUAGCAAUGGAGGAAGUCAUGAGGGUGCAUGAUGCCUUCAAGAAAAACUGGAGCUGGCCAUCAGGAUCACCCUUUAUGCAGUGAUCUUUCUGAUGAGUGUUGGAGGAAAUGUGCUCAUCAUCGUGGUCCUGGGACUGAGCCGCCGCCUGAGGACUGUCACCAACGCCUUCCUGCUCUCACUGGCAGUCAGCGACCUCCUGCUGGCUGUGGCUUGCAUGCCCUUCACCCUCCUGCCCAAUCUCAUGGGCACAUUCAUCUUUGGCACAGUCGUCUGUAAGGCGGUUUCCUACCUCAUGGGGGUGUCUGUAAGCGUGUCCACACUAAGCCUUGUGGCCAUCGCCCUGGAGCGAUACAGUGCCAUCUGCCGACCACUGCAGGCACGAGUGUGGCAGACACGGUCCCACGCAGCUCGUGUGAUCAUAGCCACGUGGAUGCUCUCUGGACUGCUCAUGGUGCCCUAUCCCGUGUACACCGCCGUACAGCCAGUAGGGUCCCGUGUGCUGCAGUGCGUGCAUCGCUGGCCCAGUGCACAUGUUCGCCAAACCUGGUCCGUACUGCUGCUCCUGCUCUUGUUCUUCGUCCCGGGUGUGGUUAUGGCUGUGGCCUACGGGCUCAUCUCCCGCGAGCUCUACUUAGGGCUUCGCUUUGACGAAGACAGUGACAAUGAGAACCAGAGCCGAGUCAGAAGCCAAAGAGGGCUGCGGAGCGGGGCAGGACCAGGUUCUGCCCAACCCAAUGGGCGUUGCCGGCCGGAGACCGGGCUGGCUGGAGAGGAUGGUGACGGCUGUUACGUGCAGCUUCCGCGCUCUCGUCAGACCCUGGAGCUGUCCGCGCUGACGGCGCCCACACCUGGGCCAGGAUGUGGCCCCCGGCCCUACCAGGCCAAGCUGUUGGCUAAGAAGCGCGUGGUGCGGAUGCUACUGGUGAUCGUUGUGCUUUUUUUCCUGUGUUGGUUGCCAUUGUACAGUGCCAACACGUGGCGCGCCUUCGACAGCUCUGGUGCGCACCGCGCGCUUUCGGGAGCGCCCAUCUCUUUCAUCCACUUGCUGAGCUACGCCUCAGCCUGUGUCAACCCCCUGGUCUACUGCUUCAUGCACCGUCGCUUUCGCCAGGCCUGCCUUGAGACAUGUGCCCGCUGCUGCCCCAGGCCUCCACGAGCUCGCCCCAGGCCUCUUCCAGAUGAGGACCCGCCCACUCCCUCCAUCGCUUCACUGUCCAGGCUGAGCUACACCACCAUCAGCACGCUGGGGCCUGGCUGAGGGGUAGAGAGGGAGUGGGGGCUGAGGCGGAACACACCAAUUCCUACAAGUAGGGACCCACCCAGACACACGAGAGACACAGACCCACUGACACAGGAGACUGACACCCAAAAAGCAUGGACUAAUCCCAACACACACACAAAAGUGGCUUACCUGACACAAAAGAAACAAACCAGAUCCCCACACAGGAAAUAAGGCACACUCUUGAUAUGGGACCAAGCCUGGCACAUAGAAACAGGGCACUGACUUUAGACGCACACAGACACAGCAUCCCUAGCAAUGGACUAUCCAUACAUAGUGGAAAUUCUGAGAGAGGCUGGCCUGCCUCUCAUAUACACAUAGUAAUGGCACUGAUUCUUUAGGGCUCUGGAGCCUGGCACGGUACUGACUCCUGAGAUGCUCCAAGCUGCCCGCCCACCCCCCCCCCAGUUUGACCUCACAGUGCCCUUCCCCAUUUCAGCACUGAAAAAUACCAACCAACCUAAUCUCACAUCUCCCUGACCAACAGGCUGUUUUGCACUGAAAAGUCCCUUCAUUCCUUUCCAGUUAAAUUCUAUGGCCCUGACCCUCCUCCAUCACCCAAACUCUUCAAGAAAUAAUAAAUGACUUGGCUUCCUCCUGAA